AUGGCGGUCAAGUACAGUUACUUAGCUUCUUCUUCUUCAUCCUCUUUUCCCCUAAUUCACACUUACCAUCCAAGCUCUCAUUACUUUUCGAUGCCUCCUCAACUCUCUGGAAUUGUUCAUCCCAGAAUCCCAAAACCUGUCUAUCUCUCUGCCUCUUCUUCUACUCCAACUCCAAACACUUCAACUUCUCUCUCUUCAUCGCCAAUUUUCCUCCCUUUUCUCGAGGAAGAGGAAAAUGAAGAGGCCCCAGAAACCGAAACCCCUCAGACCCAGCAAAAACAAGAAGAAGAAAAAGAGUCCUUUGAGUCAAUCAAGGACCCAAUUCUCAGAUUCUUCAAGUCUCGUUCUUUUACUUCAGACCCAAACCCCAGUCGUGAAGGUAAAUUCUCUCUCCAAAAGAACCGCAAAACUUCCUGGCGCCUCGCUCCCGGCAUCGAAAAUGUAAAUUCAAUUGAAGAAGAAAGUGAGCCCAACGCAAAAAAAGAGCUGAAAUACCAACAACCAGAAGUGGGUUCUGUCGACGUUCCUUCAAGCGUAGUUAUUGGCGGUGUUGUUGGUGAAAUUCUGAACCUUGCGAGGAAUUUACCCGAGAAUUCGACAAUGGGGGAGGUUUUAGAGGGUUAUGUGGGGAGGGUAGGGGAGAGAGAGUGUGUGGAGGUGUUGCAGUUGAUGGGUCAGGAGGGUUUUAUAAGGGGUUGUUUGUAUUUUUUUGAAUGGAUGAGGUUGCAUGAACCUUCAUUGGUUACCCCUCGGGCUUGUUCAGUUUUGUUUCCAUUCUUGGGGAGGGCUGGCAUGGGUGUUGAGUUGAUGGUUUUGUUCAGGAACUUGCCGGAGGGGAAGCAAUUCAGGGACGUGCAUGUCUAUAAUGCCGCGAUUUCGGGUCUUUUGUGUGGUGGAAGGUAUGAUGAUGCCUGGAAAGUGUAUGAGAUCAUGGAAACAAAUAGUGUCCAACCAGAUCAUGUGACAUGUUGUAUUAUGAUUACAAUUAUGAGGAAAAAGGGCAACAGCGCCAAAGAAUCAUGGGAGUUCUUUGAAAAAAUGAACAGGAAGGGUGUCAAAUGGAGUUUGGAAGUCCUAGGUGCCCUAAUAAAAUCCUUCUGUGAUGAGGGGCUCAAGAAUGAAGCUCUUAUUAUCCAAUCAGAAAUGGAGAAGAAAGGGAUCUCUUCCAAUGCCAUCAUAUAUAACACAUUAAUGGAUGCUUAUAAUAAAUCGAACCAGAUUGAAGAAGCUGAAGGUCUUUUUGGUGAGAUGAAGGCAAAGGGAAUUGCACCUACCUCUGCUACUUAUAACAUUCUAAUGGAUGCAUACGGCAGAAGAAUGCAACCUGAUAUUAUUGAGAAACUGCUGCUAGAGAUGGAAAGUGUGGGUUUGGAGCCAAAUGUUAAGUCAUACACAUGUCUGAUUAGUGCUUAUGGGAGGCAGAAGAAGAUGAGUGACAUGGCUGCAGAUGCGUUCUUGAGGAUGAAGAAAGUUGGUAUAAAACCUACUUCACACUCUUAUACAGCUCUUAUACAUGCAUAUUCAAUCAGUGGCUGGCAUGAGAAAGCCUAUAUGACUUUUGAGAACAUGCAAAGGGAACAAAUAAGACCCUCCAUAGAAACCUAUACUGCCUUACUUGAUGCGUUUAGACGUGCCGGUGACACACAAACACUAAUGAAAAUUUGGAAAUUGAUGAUCACUGAUAAAAUAGAAGGGACCCGAGUGACCUUUAACAUUCUUCUAGAUGGAUUUGCUAAACAAGGACACUACACUGAGGCAAGAGAUGUCAUUUGUGAAUUUGGGAAAAUUGGCUUGCAACCAACCGUGAUGACAUAUAAUAUGUUGAUUAAUGCAUAUGCACGGGGAGGGCAAGAAUCAAAGUUGCCUCAGCUGCUGAAAGAGAUGGCAGCUCUUAAUCUAAAACCUGAUUCCAUAACAUAUUCCACUAUGAUAUAUGCCUAUGUUCGUGUUCGUGAUUUCAAGAGAGCAUUUUUCUACCAUAAGCAGAUGGUUAAAAGUGGGCAAGCGCCUGAUGCCAUAUCAUAUCAGAAGCUCAGAGCAAUUUUGGAUGUAAAAGCAGCAACAAAAAACAGGAAGGAUAAGAGUGCUAUAAUGGGUAUAAUUAAUAGUAGCAUGGGUGUGCUAAAACAGAAGAAAAAAGGAAAGAAAGAUGAGUUCUGGAAGAAUAAGAAGAAGCGGUCAAGAACUCCUAACUCGGCCCGAGAUGGGUGCUGA